UACAUUAGAUUCGGCCGAAGAAAGAGGCGAUGUUUUAAAGUAUUACCAAGAAUUUGACGGCGAUAUGGAUAAAAUCCUGUCCCACGUAGAGUUGUCGACGGCAACGGACGGAAAAAGAUUUCAGGAUCUGAUUGAGGAAGCCAUCUUGUCAAAACAAGUGAAGCGCCUGAAACGAUUCAAACCAACCACGACCGAUGCUGCGCAUGCGAAACGGCUAAAGAAAGAGAAACAGGAAGCCGCGGAAGCAGAGGAAGCCGAAGAAGAGAAGAAAAGGGAAGAAGCCAACGAUCCGGAAGACAGCUUGAAACAACUGAUUAUGGCACGACAAAAAAGCCGACAAGAACACAUGGAUUCCAUCAUCAACUCGAUCGCUGAAAGAUCAAAAGGACCCAAACGUAAGCGACGUCCGGAAAUGAAUGAACCUUCUGAAGAGGAAUUCCAGAAAAUACAGCAAAAGAUUUCCAAAAAGAAGAAAUAGUCGAUUCAGUCUCAUGGGAAUUUAUUCCAAUCUAUCAGAAAAUACUACUACAUGUACAUAACGCAUCCUGCUCCAUAGUUCGACCCUAAAUGCAAAUAAAACAUUAUAUUGUUUUUAGUGCGUAUUUUGGGAACGGGCCUUAAUUCGUUAUGAAUCGUGGCUCAGUUCUGAAACCCAAUCUGUGCUGGGUCCAA